AUGGAGCUUUUAAUGAACAGUGAAUAUUAUGUUCUUGUAAAUGAUGAUUAUAGUCUUUGGUGUAGCAGAAGUGAUGGAUCUUUUACUCCCAAGCAUGCUGAUGCUGCUGAAACUUUACCUGAUUCAGUGUGUAUAGGAAUCGUAUUUGGUCUAAUUGGGAAGUUUGCUAUUCAACAAGAUAUUGAUAAACGACUUGUGUUAAUCCGAGAGCAUUCUGUGGUUGGAUGUCUCCCCGGAGGCCAUGAUGUGUAUAAAAUUCAAAAAAUUGCUCUUUUACCACUAAACCAACAAUAUCUUCCUGAUAUAGAGUUUGAGGUGUGUAAAAAGCACAGAUUUAACCCUAAAAAAGUUGAUAAGCCAACAACUAAUCCUGAUGUUCAGCAGAAAGCCUUUAUGAAAACUUGGAAUACAUUAAAGACAGCAACAUCUCAGGUCAAAUCUCGAAAGGUAGAUAACACAUUGUUUACAGCUGUCUCUUUCCUGACAAGCAGAAUUAUCAUUCCUGCAAUUUUAAACCAAACAGAGUUAGAUCCUUGGAAUGUAUAUCCUGGAAUGCUGCCUAUUCAGCAACCAAAAGAACUGAGAGACAGAGAAAAGUUGGAGAAACGUGUGCUUGAAGAAUUCACAAAAAUGUUCACUGAAACAGAUUCCUUCUAUUAUUCACUUACUGGUGAUUUAACAAACUCAAUCCAGAGGCAGUACUCCCAGUCACGAGAUCCAGAGAACAAGGCGUUACCUUUGUGGAAAAGAAUUGAUGAUCGAUUUUUUUGGAACAAAUUCAUGCUGUCUGAAUUAAUCGAUCUUGAAGAUACUCUUUGUGAUCCUUGGAUUAUCCCUGUUAUUCAAGGAUUUGUGCAGAUGGAGCAGUGCUGGAUCGAUACAGUGGAUGAUGCCGAAUCACUCUCUGCCGAAGGCGCACGUUUUUUCCAUCCUCCCCGCUUAUCCCAGGACUGUCCUGGUAAAAAUUACACCAUGAUUCUGAUCUCCAGGAGAAGUCGCCACAGAGCAGGGACCAGGUACAAAAGAAGAGGUGUUGAUGAAUCUGGGAAGUGCGCAAAUUACGUAGAAACGGAACAGAUAUUUGAAUAUGCCUCUCACACGGUCUCUUUUGUGCAAGUUCGAGGAUCAGUUCCCGUGUUUUGGAGUCAACCUGGCUAUAAAUACAGACCUCCUCCCCAGUUGGAUAAAGGGGAAGAGGAAACUCAGUCUGCAUUUGAGAAGCAUUUUGCUGAAGAACUAAGCCUUUAUAAUAGUCAAGUCAUCAUCAACUUGAUGGAGCAAAGUGGAAAAGAGAAGAUUAUUAAUGACGCUUAUUUGAACCAUAUUCUUGAAUUCAGUUGUCCUGAUCUUAUUUAUGUGAGCUUUGAUUUCCAUGAAUACUGCCGAGGCAUGAAGUUUGAAAAUGUAUCUGUCCUAAUUGAGAGCAUUCAAGAUGUUAUAAGAGACAUGCGAUACUGCUGGAUUGACAGUGAAGGCCUAAUUUGUGAGCAACGGGGAGUGUUCCGCGUCAAUUGCGUUGAUUGUUUGGACAGGACAAACAUUGUGCAAACUGCGUUGGCAAAAACUGUAAUGGACAUACAAUUCAACAAGCUGGGUUUGUUACCUCCUGAAGGUAUUCUUCCUUCUGGAUGUCGAAGAAUAUUUCAGAUGCUUUGGGCUAACAAUGGUGAUAUAAUUAGCCGGCAAUAUGCUGGUACCGUGGCUUUAAAGGGAGACUUCACUAGAACUGGUGAACGUAGAAUUGCUGGUUUGAUGAAAGAUGGAUAUCAUUCAGCUAAUAGGUACUACAUGAAUCGUUUCAAGGAUGCCUUUAGACAGGCAACCAUUGACUUGAUGAUGGGGAAUCCUCUCACGGAGGACAUUAGUGCCGUCACUCCGGAGCGGGAGGAAGCGGAUCCAGAAAUCGAGAUUAAUGAGCAAGAGCACCAUGAGAGAGUGAAGCAACUGAUUGAGGACUGCAAAAAAAUCUUAAUUCCCGAGACGGAAGUGGUGCUGGGUGGAUGGGCUCUCAUUGAUGCAGACCCUGUCACUGGGGAUCCAGAUAAACAAGAUAUGGAUGCAAUUUUAAUUCUUACCAAGGACUCUUAUUUCAUUGCUGAAUAUGAUGAUCAGACUGAUAGGAUUAUCAAAUACCAACAUGUGUUACUUGAAGAUCUGGAACGUAUAGAAUUAGGUCCAGAACCUGGAGUUUUUAAGUCUAAGCAUUAUUGUCUACGCUUACAUUACUCUGUGUAUGGACAAUCUGGUUAUUUCCAUAUGUUUCGCUCUACAAACACUCGCUUCUUCAACAAUAUGGCUGUGCCCAUAUCCAGUGAAGAAGAAGCUGCAGAAUCCUUGAAAGCUAUUUGUGAAACCUUCAAAGUGGCCUUGUGUGUCAAAGAGUUGAAUGUCCCAAUUUUCGAGGGCAAACUAGAGAGAAGAAAGAGCAAGAUGCCGCUUUCCCAGGCCGGUGUUCGAGCCAGCGUAUUUCGCAGCAACCGCAACCAUCAUAACCACAACCAGAACCACGGCUUCCAUCUGGAACUUCCCUCCUUCUCUUCCAUGCCGCGCAACAUCUCCGAGGGCCAGCUCAAUUCCCUGAAGACAGUGGGCUCACGAGCACUGAGCAACGUCACAUCCCAUUUUGCAAAGCUCAACCCUAUCCGGAGUGUGAAAGCAUUGAGUAAGAAGAGUGGCAAUGGGUCGUCUUCUUGUGUUCCUACAAGCUUAGCGUCUGUCAAUGAAACCAGUACAGCAAUGAAUCCCCGCUUCAAUAUGGAUAGUUCAUCUGAAUCUGAAGAAGAUUCUGUCUUGCAUCACAAAGCUUAUCCUGUAGCAGGACUACAUGGUCACAUUAGUGAUCGUACACUGAGUUCCGAUUACUCUGAAUUCAGUGACGUGGAUGAACAGGAGAUGAUGCUAUCCACCGAAUGUUUAAAUAAUGGUGCUAGUGACAACAAGCAUGACACCGUUCUUGAAAGUUGUGGCAUUCUAGCAACAUUUAACUUCAAGCAAGACGAAGCAGCUAAUGACAAUUUUGUUUUCUUGGAAAGUCAUGGUCCCACAAACCACAGGAGGUAUAACACGGAGGUCGACGACUUUGUAUUGGAUGCAAUGAAAAGAGCUUCAAUGAGGCAGAUGAACAGAAAAUCUUCUAAGUCAUCAACAGAUGGAAUUAAGUUGCCAUUGACCUCAAUGCCCCAAAUCCAUAUUAGCACAGAGAGUAAUUUGGCUGCUUAUGCCAAGCCAGAGGAGUGUGGUACCAACAAAGUUGGAGUGUCCCGAAAAUUGUCCAAGUCUUCGGAGGACUUGGACUUCCGCCCUUGUGCAAUGGCUACCUCAAACGAAGUAUCUCAUCUGCUAGUGCAGGAAGAAGUCAUGCUCGACACUGAUGGUCUCAAUGCCAAGAUGAAGACAUCUCAUUCAGAGAGUGCCAUCCAAGACUUUUCCCUCUCCUCUCUCAACCUGUCCAGUACUCUGUCCCCUAUUGCCAUUAAGAAGGAUCUUGUGCUGUCCCCAUUGUCGAGGAUAGCUAAAGGCAUGCAGAACUUUGGCAUGAAUCUGAGGCCGGGCCAUCGAAACAGCCCAGUAAUAUCUCCAGAUAAUGAGGACUAUGAACGAAUCAGGCAGAAACGAAAGAAUUGUUCUACAAGAAUAAUAGAAUUGUGA